AUGCAAAUUCUUCGAAUUUAAGAGAAUUACUUCUCAGAUAAUAUGGCCUCUUUGAGAGAACAAAUUAACACUACAGACCUAUAGUCUCGCUAUAAUAUAAAUACUAAGUACAGCCUAGUAUUCUGCAUUUUCAAUAGCAUCAUAAGAGGACAUCAUCAAAUAAUUAGCAUAUGGUCUUUGUUCUUAAAAGCAAUUGUUUAGGUUAUUUUUAGUUCUUCUCCCUCCUCUAACUUAUCUUCCAAUCAUCAGAAUCCUGAGUUGAGUAUACAGAUUUUCAAGCACAAUAUUAAAAAAGUGUCAAACAAAAAAGGUUCAAGUAAAGAACCUUAAUGCACUUCUUCUAUUAAGCAUACCUUUUUUUUUUAAUAAAAGUGGAUUAAACUGUUAAUUAUAACCAUUAAACUGCUUCGAAGAGGAAGAUCUCAAUUAUUCCAUUACCCAUGUCGUAUCAACUAUAGAAAAAUACAUAACAAUUAGGGCCAAUUAGCUAUUUCUUCUAAGCUUACGACUUUCUGGCCAUAAUUAUCAGGUACAGAUAUGAAUUAAUUAAAGAUGAUUUUGAUGUCUAGAGAUAAACAGAAACUCCAUAAGUCGCUCACUAAUAAUCAACCAAAGAGUAAAUAAAUAUCCAUAGAAUAUAGUAAAGAAGAUGUAUUUAUUUAGUUUUAGACAAAAUCGAAAGAAUUUAGAUAUACAAGAAUAAAAAUAACAUAUAUAAGGGAGUAUUGUGAGUAAUAUAAUUUAUCAAUACAAUUAUAGCACACUACUAAUAUAUAUAGAACUCCUGUUUAAAAACACUUACACCUUACAAUUGUAUGGUAUGUAUAGCAUUGGAAUCAUUAUUAAGCUACCUACUAUUAAACCAACACACUUUAAAUCAAUAUAAUUAUUAUCUCUAUAAAAUAUCAGAUCUACUAGAGAACAAAAUUUGA